UAUCCUUGGAGAGAGAUGUGCGGUUACUCGUCGCGAGAUAACAUCCACACGGAAAGUACCGUGAAAUGCAGAUGAACCUUUAUGUGUGAUGAUGGUAUGCAAUCACGAGCGUAAGAGAAGAUGAGAUACAGUACGAGUGCUGUUACAGUAACAAUACCUUUGCUGAAGUGGAGAAAGUGCUGAAUUUAGUUAUGACAAUGCCUAUCAAAACAACGAAAACUUCAUAGUAUAGGUAGUAGACCUUAAGCAUGUGUUAAGACUGAAAUGUACAAAGAUUCAGCCAGACAGCCUCUCAAACUUCACAUGGGAUAGAGACUAUAUUCAAUUAAAAAACAGAAAAAAAGAACAAAAUCAUCUUGAGUGAGGGGGCAACAUGGUAAAAGAGAGUCUCUCAGCCUGGGUCCAGGACGCUGAGGAUAUCCUGGUGCACAUCAAUGUUGGAGGCCUGAAGCGCAGCCUGUUCUCGAGCACUCUAAGUAGUUUCCCUGAUACACGUCUGGGACGCCUGCUGGCCUGCGACUCCGAGGAGGCCAUAUUGCAAGUUUGCGACGAUUACGACGUUCAACAAAAGGAGUUUUACUUUGACCGCAACCCGGGACUCUUCCCUUACGUGCUGCAAUUCUACCAGACCGGCAAACUCCACAUCAUGGAGGAACUGUGCAUCUUCUCUUUCUGCCAGGAAAUUGAAUACUGGGGAAUCAAUGAGUUCUUCCUGGACAGCUGCUGUAGCUACCGUUACCACGAUCGCAAACUAGAGAGCCGCCACAAGAGCUGGGAUGAGGAGAGUGAUGUUAGCAGUGUGGACACUUCUGUGGAUGAGAUCACAGACCUGAACAAGGACAUCCAGCACUUCCAGGAAAUGCGCUGUGGAAACGCCCGGAAGUACCUGUGGCUGACUCUGGAGAACCCGGGCUACUCCAUUCCCAGUAAGCUUUUCAGCUUCCUCUCCAUAGCUGUGGUUCUGACCUCCAUAUCCAUCAUGUGCAUUAACAGCCUUCCAGAGUACCAGCACUUUGACGAGGAUGGCAAACAAGUGGAGGAGCCGACCCUGCAAGCGCUGGACUUCUUCUGCAUCUGCUGGUUCACCUUUGAGGUAGUGACGCGGAUGCUUUUGGCGCCCAACAGGAGAAAGUUCUUCCGCCACCCGCUUAACAUAAUCGACAUUGUGUCGGUGUUGCCCAUCUAUAUCACGCUGCCUAUUGACCUGGCGUUGGGCAGUGAAUCAGAGCUGGGGAACCUGGGCAAAUUGGUGCAGGUGCUACGCCUCAUGAGGAUAUUCAGGGUUCUGAAGCUGGCCAGACAUUCAACAGGCCUCAGGUCUUUGGGAGCAACGCUAAGGCACAGUUACAGGGAGGUGGGCAUCCUGCUGCUGUACCUGGGCGUGGGUGUGUGCGUGUUCUCUGGCUUUGCCUAUACUGCCGAGUAUGAGGAGGACGUGGGGCUGGAUACCAUUCCUGCCUGCUGGUGGUGGGGCACCGUCAGCAUGACCACCGUGGGCUACGGCGAUGUGGUGCCCGUCACGGUGGCCGGCAAGCUGGCGGCCAGUGGCUGCAUCCUGGGUGGGACCCUGGUGGUGGCCCUGCCCAUCACUAUCAUCUUCAACAAGUUCUCUCACUUCUACCGCAAGCAGAAGGCCCUGGAAGCCUCGGUGAGAAACAGCAACAAGAAGAAGGUCAAAGUGUGCAGUGACAAUGUGCAGGAGGAAGAGGAUGGGGAUGGGGAUUUGGAUAGGGAUAACCAGUGUCUGGAGGAGCUGGAUGAGGAUGAAGAUGAUGGAGGAGUGGUAAAUUAUAGCUAUGUUGAUCAUCCACCGCUGCCUAUGGAGAGGUCCAGCCCGUUGGCGAGGAGGAAAGAGUUCUUCAACUGAGUGCUUCACCAUAAACACAGGACAGAUGAUAGAAUAAUUAUUACAGGGAAAGUAAACACAGUAUAUACAUGAACUGAAAUUAUUUAUAAGCAUCCCAUGUUCUCUGUUCUGUUUGGUGUUACCCUAAGGUAUUGAUUCAGCACUGUGCUGUCUAUGGGUUUGAAGGAACUCUUCCUGAAUCCCAAAUUGUGACACUGUUAAUGGGAUCUAAUGCCAUUGUAAUGAAGCUAAUAUCAAGCCUCCACUAGUUCCUAUGGUGUCUUAUGCUAGCCCUGUACAGAACAGAGAUUCGCUCCAUCAACACCCCAUUCUGAAAUUGUGCAGUGUUCUGUUACUGUAUACUUUUAAUCACAACUCAAAACCAAGUUAUACUAAUGUAUUCCUUGUUGGAAUGCCUACUUCCUCUUCAUAUUUGUGAGGGUCUCCUAUUACAAAAAUAGAAAAGAGGGUACACAGAAGCAUUGUUAGUGCCCACAGCCACUUAGGAAGUUAGCUGUACAUGUAUGAUUGACAAACGCAGCUAUAUUGCAACACUGCACUACGAUUUCAGACUGUAGACUGUUGAAUGAAGCAUAUCAGGACAGAGUCUCAUGCCAGUGUUUCCUCGAGCUUGACAAAUGUCUUUCUUUACUUUCCAUCUUUGCUUACAGUGUUUCACUUCCAUCAGCCCUCCAUCCACUCCAUGAAUCCUAACUCUUAGCCCCAUAUGUAUGUACAGUAACUCCUCCACUGUGAAUCAAUGCUAACAGGGAGCAAGGCUGUGUGCUUGAUGGGUGGAGAAUAUCCCUAAGGUAUUGUAUACACUUAACAAACUGUGGCAAUGCAUGUGUAGGUCCACAGUACUGAUGGGUGGGUUUCUUUCCUUUGCAAAGCAAUACAGUUGAAAUCCCAGCCUAGGUCUAUAUUCUACCCUAUAGGUUGGAACUUUGGAAGAGUUAAGCAAUUGUGCACUGACAUCACCUAACUGACAGUAGCCAUUGCUGCAUUUAGAUUAAAGAGGAAAAUUAUACAAAUAAAUUGUCUUGCUCAAAAAAAAAAUGAAUGUAUGACACAGCAAACACUUAUUAUGACAUGCAGGUUUAGACAAUCCUAACACUUUCCCCUUUUUUAGAGAAUGCAUACAGUAUUGCCACAGCUAGAGCAAGUUUUGAGUGUAUAAAGUGUGUAAAAAUGUCUGGACACUGCAUGUUCUCAAAAUCAACAUUGUGGGAGGCAUUCUCCGCAAGGUCGGCAGAACGCAGAUGUUUCCAGGGAUCAGGCGUCUUUUAACGCCGGUUAAGUUAGGUAAGGUGGGAAGUAAUGGCCCUGCUGUACUGUUGAGUGUUGCAAUCCACAUACAGUGCUGUAUCUCCACUAAUGCUUUUAGACUGGCCUGCUGGGAUACCCAUCUUUCCGGAAAGUUUGUCCUGUGUCGGCAUCCAUUAAAUGUAACACAAGCUUAGCUCCUGGAACAUUAAGGGAAUCAUUCACUUGAUUGAAAACAGAUCCUUCCCCCGCAGCAACCUUGUCGACUCUACUAAGAGACCAACAUCUUGUAAGGCAAAGUAGUAGUCUACAGUACUUGUCAUUUUGUUUUGCAUUAUUUUUAAUCAUUUUGGCAACUAUAAUUUACCAUGUUAAAUUUCUAUCUUAUGAUAAGGUAAUACUUUCAGACAUGGCCGGUGGCUCUGCUAGAAAUAUUCAUCAAUAAUUUGGUGAACUUGACUCCUCAUCGAAAUUUCUUGCACAACAACGUGCCAUUGGACACUAUUUGUUGCAUAUGUUAAUCAAUUUCAUGCUUCAAGUGUGGCCGCUUCUCCCAGCAGUCAAAAUUUGGCACAUUACAUAAUUUCCUUGUUUGGUUGAGAAGAUGUCAAAAUGACGGAAACCUUAAUUUGCUUGAUCAUGCUGUAGGUCUGUUACUGUACAUGCAAUAUGCUUUGUGGACUUCACUGGACAGAAGUUGCUAUCCGGUUUUGUGAUAAAACAAAGGUUUGGUUGAAUUUAUUCUACCACUGUGUCUUCUAAUUGUCUCGGCUUCUAACUUGGCUUCCCCAGUGAUUUUACCCACACACCGCUACUGCUGUCAGACAGUCCUAGCUGAAUUAUUGCUUGAGAAAUUGCUCUUUGCUAAGAAGCUAUUUUUUUCUUCUUUUGGACCAUUUUAAUUGAAAACAAUCACAGUAAGGUACUUCAUUCAUUGAAAUGAUUUGAUAUUGAGAUAAAAACCAUAUGUAUUUUUCUGGUUGCUGAAAUGAUUUUAACAACAAUUCAUUUUUAAACCAAUAUACAACAUUUCCUGUUGCUAUCCAUAUUUUCUAGUUGUUUAUUUGAACUGUUACACAGAGCUUUGUUCAUGAAACCAAAUUGAGACGUUUCAUUGUGGCCACUUGAUAUGAUUUGCUGUUCACGGUGCAAUGCAAGUUAUCUAUGAGUGGUCAUAGGAAAGUAAAGACACUGAAAGCUUUGAAAGUCAAUGCAUUUCAA